AGUUCGAACUGUCAUGGAGUACGUUUGACAGUGUAGAUGUGUUUGUGUUUCCAAAAUAUCGCGUUUUUUCGAGUUUUUCAUAAUAAUUCGAACAUUUGAUUAACGAAAACAACUGUGUAUGUGCUGUGCCCUUGACAUAACAUUUGUUUUCUGUCAUAACAUCCUCCUGUUUGGCCGUGAUCUUCAAAAAACCCGGUGACCCCCUGAAAUAGAUUUAACACUUGUUCAACAAAAAAUUUUUCGUAAUGGUAAACAGAUGAUAUGGCCUCUUCUGCCCUCUACUGUAUUAAUAUCCAAGAAAAUCCCAAUGAUGCACUACCGUCGGAAGUGAGCACGAUAACAAAUAAAGAUAAACAAAUGCAUCACGGUAACAAUCCAAAGAUUAUUCGUACCUUAACCCCAACACCCUUCAACGAAAAUCAAACGACUUCAACUAGACCAGAGCUCAACCGCAACAAUUUCAUAUUACUUAGAAACGGCAAAUCUACCGACAGUGGCCAUAUUCUUCUUCGUACCGACGCGUUAACUCCUACAAAGAACAAUUUAAUUCUGGAAGAUUCGGAAAGUGGCAAAAUUGGACAGAUUUUGAUUCAACAAAGUGAAAUCAAAAAAGGUGUGUUAGUGCAGUCUGUUAAAAGGUUGAGCUCUCCGAUUUUUUUAUUGAGUGGGGGAGAUAAUAGUAACGGUCACAUUCUUAUACAGACAACAGCACCAACUGAAGACGUUAGACAUCAGCCUACUGUCGAAAUAGAAGAUGGUAGUGAUAACAUUUUGGUUCAAGCCUUGGAAGGAAUACAGGAUGGAGAUACUUCCAGCAGCAGAGGAUUGUCAACUCCGAUUGGAUCAGACGGAGAACCCAUCAAGUUGCCUGAAAACCUGGAAAGUUUGCCUCGAUCUGACCACUUUCCCACACAACGGCAUCGCUGGAAUACAAAUGAGGAAAUCGCCGCCAUCCUUAUCAGCUUCGAUCGGCAUUCAGAAUGGCAAAGCAAGGAGGUCAAGAUCAGGCCCAAAAGCGGUUCGAUGUUAUUAUAUAGCAGAAAGAAGGUUCGAUACCGUAGAGAUGGGUAUUGCUGGAAAAAACGAAAAGACGGAAAAACUACGAGAGAAGAUCACAUGAAGUUGAAAGUUCAAGGAACGGAGUGCAUCUAUGGAUGUUAUGUACAUUCAGCUAUUUUGCCUACGUUCCAUCGCAGAUGCUAUUGGCUGCUUCAGAACCCAGACAUCGUUCUUGUCCAUUAUUUGAACGUUCCUUACCCGGACGAUAACAAACUGGCCGUUAUAACCCCAAGUUUGGCCCUCUGGGCCGAUAAAAAGGAAUGGACCAAGGAAGAGCUAGUAUCACAAUUAAAACCGAUGUUUUUUAGCGAGGAUGAACCGGAUAUUAACAACGAACUAGAAAUAUCGAAUUUCAAAUUACAGACUGCCGAAACAGUGGAAGCCAUUGUAAGUCAAUUAAUGGAAAAACAACGGGUAGCCAGACAAGCAGCUCUAGUCAAACAAUUAGAAUGUGGGUGUCCGGAUUCUACAUGCGCCGAUGGAAAAAGCUGUUCCCAUCCAAUGAGGCGGAUUACUGCUGCCAAAGAGGUUGUUAAUUCGCCUUUACAGAGUUCUAGUUUGAAUUCAAGACCACUAAGCAAUUCAGAUAAUAAUAAUCAAGUAUCUUCCACUACUGGCUCUGGUUCCAUGUUGUUGGGCAACGGUAAUUCACCUAGGGUCUAUUCAAGAGACUCCAGAAAUCAACAAGUUAAGGUAAAACAGCAGGCAGUUCAGAACAACACAAACUGCUCAUCUAGUUCAGGAAAUACUCCUCCAUUAGUACUAAGUCUAUCUCAGAUCCAAGGAGGCGGUGGUUUACUCAUUCUCAACAGUAAUUCGGGCAACAACAGUAACAACCAUCAAAAUCUAGUAAAUCCGGUGUCAGUAGCAAACUUCGUUUGUAAUUCUAGUCGUGUGAUUCCCAAAGAAAGAACUAGUCAUCUUGUACUUAAACAAGAAGUUAUGGAUACGAAUCCCUCCUGUCUCCAUGCAUCUAAGCAGAAUUCUAAAGCAGUACAAAGAGAAAUGAAAAUGGAACUUGGAGAAAAUCAUAGACAAUCAGUUUUUCACGACGGAAAUAUGUAUAAUAAUAGAAAUCCCCAUCAACAAUCAGAAGUAGUAAUGUCAAGUGCUCCAUCGACUCCUUCAAAACACAUGGAUACAACCCAAGAAGACGUUGUAGACGAAUACAAACAUCAAAAUUUCUGUAACGAAACAGUGGUACUACUAGGUACAGAUUCUAGUGGUUCUCUUGUUAGUAAAAGUGAUGGUUCUUCCAUUAUAAAUGGAGGGUUCUUUAAUGAAACUUUAGAUCUAUCGCAGGUUAGGCCAUACUAUCAAUACCUACAUCUGUUCCAGGAGGAUAUUCAAAGAACUCUCUCGGCCAAUAUGCCAUUGUGUUCAACUGAACUAACUAAUCAAAACUCUGCUUCCGAGACGAAUGGAUCUGAACAUCAUCAAAAUAAACCGCAGUCCCAACAACAACCUCUAAGUAAUGAAAUGAAUCCGAUGGACUUUAUAGACAGUUGUGAUGUAGUUGUAUCACCGACACAUGUUGUUGAUGACGACGUAUUCGUUAAUUUAGAUGCUUUUGAUAUGCUCGGCGAAUUUCCAGAUUUAGAAAGCUUAGAUUCUGGACAUGCCGGACUCUUAGAUGUUAAUCCGUCCGAAAAUAGAAUUAAUAUUAAGGCACAACCUGAACAACAAAACAAUCAGUUGGAAGGUUCGGCGAAAAUAACCGACUAUUCUCCUGAAUGGGCUUAUCCAGAAGGUGGUGUCAAAGUUUUGGUCACAGGUCCAUGGCACUCAUCUGGACCAUACACUGUACUUUUCGAUACAUUCCCUGUACCGACCACUUUAGUCCAAAGUGGAGUGUUAAGAUGUUAUUGUCCAGCACACGAAGCUGGUUUAGCAACUUUACAAGUAGCAUGCGACGGCUAUGUGAUUUCCAACUCUGUGAUAUUCGAGUACAAGUUGCCACCGAGGGAAGAACAAGUGGCAGCACCUGAACCAAAAGUAGAAAGAUGCAAUGAUAACUUACUUAAAUUCACGCUGCUUCAAAGAUUAGAAGCUAUGGAUGACAGACUACAGAUCAAACAAGAACCUGUUGAUAAUGAUGUGGUCGAGGAUACAGCUCUUUUUGGACAACCAAAUUUUGAAGAUAGGCUGGUUACCUUUUGCCAAAAUAUGACGUCGAGAAUAUGGAGACACGGUGAAGAACUUAGUGUCUCAUGGUUUGCCAGCCACAGAGGGAUGACGUUGUUACAUCUCGCAGCUUCCUUAGGUUAUUCUCGUUUAGUAUGCGCCAUGCUACACUGGCGAGCCGAAAAUUCGUCUUUGCUACUAGAAACUGAAGUCGAUGCACUUAGUCAAGAUGAAGAUGGAUUUACGCCAUUGAUGUGGGCGUGUGCUAGAGGUCAUAUUGAAACAGCAGUAAUGCUAUAUAAAUGGAAUCAUAAUGCUCUUUAUAUGAAAAACACCUCAAAUCAAACCGCUCUUGAAUGCGCUCGAGCUAUUAACCAUAUGGAUCUUGUUAAAGAAAUAGAAAAAUUAGAGCUGAGAAGAGAUAAAGCUAAUUUAAUGCUACAGUCUAAUCAAUCCUCCACUGAUGUGAUGUCACCUACAGUAAUAUCGCCGGCUAGUUCAAUUGGAUCUCUAAUUUCUAUCGCUUCAACUAACAAAUCUCAUGAUGGCGUUUUUUUAAGACCUGGGGCAGUCACAAGGAGCGAAAUGAACAAGUUCAAGAUUUUAAACGUUGACUUAGACUCUGAUGUCAACAGUAAACUUAUCACUUCAGCUCCAAGUCCCAUGCUUUCGGAUUUUUCCUCCAGUAGUAGGGGUUGCAAUGGUCAAAAGUUGAUCAAAAGACCGUCGAUCGAUAGUGGAAUUAACAUGAGCUGUGGCCCGGCAUCGGAAAAUUAUAGACCUAAGAGUACCAAAAUGUGGAAUCCACGUGACACGCCAAAACUAUCUAAGUUCGAUCGAAGUAUGUCUUUACCUCUUCAGACCUCUUGCCUUAAAGAUAACUCAUUUGAUAAUGAAAGCUUGGAUUCUCACAAAAAGAUGGAUUUUGUGUUAUGCGAAAUAGGGAGUGGCCCCCGAAGCAGUAGUCCACUGAUAGAUGUAGAAGGUGUCUCGGACGAUGAGAAUGAGCUCCCCAACAGUACUGUAGGGGAGCAAGAUGCUAGAGUUUUGACAUUGGCUGAACAGAUAAUUGCUGCAAUGCCUGAAAGAAUCAAGAAUGAAAGUGAAGAAAUGAUGAUGGACAAAAGUUCUUGUGCAUCAGAUAGCCUACAAACCUCUGAUACACUAUCAGAUGUCUUUAUGGAACCAUUAUUGGAUCAAUCAUCAUCAAGUUUUGAAUCUACUGAAUUCAAUUUUGAAUUUUCCGAUAACAACUAUAGAUACUACGAUGUUAGCACACCUUGUUCCAGUUUAAGUCCGGCUUCUUCCAGUUGUUUACAGUCACCUUGCUCCUUUACGCUGGAUUCUCCAUCCCCUCCUCCAACUACAGCAGAUUUUUGCGAGUUCUUCCAAGCUUCUGGCACAGUUUUCGAAAAAGAUUUCUCAAAUCUCACAUUAUCAGAUCGUGAACAACGGGAAUUAUAUGAAGCUGCUAAAAUAAUCCAAAAGGCAUACCGUUCAUACAAAGGACGUCAACAACAAGAACAGAAUAAAGAGAGGCAAGCAGCUGUCGUCAUUCAGAACUAUUAUAGACGUUAUAAGCAGUAUGCUUAUUAUAAGCAGAUGACUCAUGCUGCUAUGGUGAUACAGAAUGGUUACAGAUCCUACUGCGAACAUAAAAGGUUUAAGAAAAGCCAAGAGGCUGCUGUGUGCAUUCAAAACUAUUAUCGAAAUUACAAGGAGCAGGGGGGGAGAAAUAGUAGAGAAGGGACACCUGCUACGGCAGGGUUAAAACGUACUUAUUCCCAAAGAAGGCAACACCAAGCUGCCAGAAAAAUUCAGCAAUUCAUGAGGCAGUCAAAAAAUAAAUUACAGAGAGAACGAGCCGAAAGAGAGAAGCGGGAGGACCCGUCAGUGGAUGUCCAUCAAAAGUCACAGUGUCCAGGGGGCUCUUCCAGCUACAUAGGCCCAAAUAGCAGAUUGAAUAAUACAGACUUCAAAGAAGACUCAAGAAAAGGCAACGAUAAAAAAUGAGAAAUGAAGAAUUUUCUCAUGUACCUAUAUUAUGAAUACCUUAGGGAGUACAUUCUUGAUUUUGUAUAAUAUAGUCGCUACUAGAAGAAAAGUAUCUCCUACUAUAUUUAUUCUGAAAUUAUUCUUAUAUCUUUACAAUGUCUAAUUUGGCUGUUAUUUCGUCAUUUUUAUGCAUUUAUAUAAGAAUGCAAGGAUCGACAACAAAAGUGAGAUGAUUAUAGACGUUGUACGAACUUUUUAUUAUCUUAUUAUAUUCUUCUGAUUGUAUGGAUUCAAAGCUGUGAUUGUAGUAAGGAAAGCACUUUUCAAUUUUUAAUUAUUUUUUAUCUUAAAUUAUUCAUUAUAUUGCAUAGUUCACUUAUGAAAGUGAUAAAUAUUAUAUUUAUACACAGCCUUCGUUUUAAAAUGAUAUAUCCCCAUCAAUUUUGAAGUUUAAAACUGAAAUACUUUGACUAAUAUUAAGCUUCUGACACCUCAAGUUGUCUUAAAUGCUUUAAAUUACGUUUAAAAUGAUACAUUCUGGAUGUUUUUGUACUGUAACAACAAAAUAGAAGCAAAUUGGAACAAAAUAUGAUCAAUAUUUUGAUAUUUUCCAUCAAAUUAGUUAUUAGUGUAAUAGUCCCCAAGGUAAUUUCAUUAGUCAAUAUCAAAUGUUUUACUUUUAAUUAAAACUUCAGUUGAAACUGAGUACAGAAUAUUUUAGCUAUUGCUUAAUUGUUCCAAAGACUUAUAUAAGACAAAUAUAAAUGUAUUGUCUUAUAUUUUACUAUUAUCAGCUUCUUGUCAAUAACAAAAACUCGUUUCUUCAACAAACUUAUAAGAAUACUAUUGCAUUUGUAUCCUAUAUUAUUUUAUAAAAAUCAAUAAUGCACAUUUACAAUUUAGGAAAAAUAUGCACAAAGUAAAUCUGAGGGUAGAUUGAACAGUGUUGACGUUUCUCAUAUAUAUUGUGUUCGGAUCAUUUUCAAAUGAAGAAAGUGAAUAUUUGAGAACCAUGAGUACCUAACUAAUAUUUAAACAUUAGUGUGUGAAAGAUAAUGUAAUUUGGAAGAUGUUUGCUGUUUGGAAUGAAAUUUUGGAAAGUUCUCAACAUUAUAUAAUAUAGUAUCUAAAGUUGUUAGUUUAUAUACUUGCUCUUUUGAAUUGGAUAGUUUCUAUUGUGAUCUUAAAAAUCAAAAUAAUUAAUUUAUUUAUGUACUUACCAUAAUUCCAAACAUGUACUUAAUUUAUGUGAUGUGUCAAACUUACUGUUUUUAUUUAUAAUUUUUAAUGAAAAUAUGAACGAUUUUCUCCCAAAUUCACAAUAUUUCUUAUACAAUUUUAAAAUGGAAAUAUGUCUAAAAUAUGAACUUAAGGAAAAGUAUCUGAAUAUGUUCCUAAAAUUAUACUCUUCGUCUAGAUUUGCAAUUUGCAACAGCCGUCCAAUAGUUUUCUUUAGAAUGUAUUGUAGCAUAAAAUGUAGUUAACAGUGUAAUUAAGAUAUAGAUUGUUCGUAUCUAAGUAUUAUUCAAAAUAAUAAUAAAACUAUAUGCAGUAAGUUAAACUAAUAGACACCCUCCAUUGGUAACUGUGUAACUGUUAAUUUCGCAUCAAACAAAUACUUUCAAAUGUUGUUUAAAAUAUAUUAUUGAUAACACAUCUAAUUUUUUCUAUUAAACCACAAGCGUCGUUACAAACAAAAAAAUAUAUCUAAGAAAUAGAUCAUCUAUCUGUCAAAUUUGAUUUAAUUCCAAUCAAGUUGGUUUGCAAGUCUUUCGAAUAAAUUAUUUCUAUGUGUAUUGAUUAUUCAAAUUUUCAUUGGUUUUUAUAUCAUGCUCUCUUUCCAUGUUCUUCUCCUAUUGCUAAACCUGAAUAUUUGGAUGCCAAUCACAUAAAGUUGUACAAUUAUAUGUGUAUACAAUCCUUGAUUUGACAAUACACACUUUAAUAAGUAAUCUAGCACUUGUCUGUUUGUUAACUAAAAAUAAAUAUUUAUGUAACAAUCAUUAGUGGCAUAACUGUAGUGUGGCAGUGCAACAAGACCCUGACUCAACUAGUGCCUAUGAUUGAAGAGGUCUUAACAACAGAAGUAAGCUAGCAGAAUUAACAAAAUGAGAUGUUAUUUUAUGUCCUUCUAACCUAAUUUACUUACACACACUAACACAAUUUGCCUAGUUUGAAGUUUGUAGGUAACGUCAAAUGUCAAGGACGCUAGCUCCCUUAUGAGGGAGUGUAAAAAAAUAAAA